AUGCGCGCUGCUCAUAGCUAUUUUUAUACUUGCGAUAUUGCACUGCUGAUCGAGUUGCUCUCCUCACAAGCUGUCAGUAUGGGAACGCAGUUGAGACGACGGAGCUCUGUGGAUGAGCUGCAGAUGUUGAUGACCAUGAAGGAGAAAGAAGGUAGGAGGAAAAAAGAGUUUGCUGUUAGACCACUGCUCAAAAGAAACACCAUCGCCGAUUUUGCCACGUCCAAAACUUUCCAGGGUUCCACCGCGAGCCUUCUCUCUGCCGGAGAUCAAGUUUUAGAAAAAAAGUCCAAAAAUGCAUUUUCUUUUCUUAAAUUGAUUGACAAAAAGUGCCACCGAUCAAAAGAUGACUACAAGGAUUUGAACGAGGUGCUCAACAGUUUAAAACCAUCAGAAUUUAAAGAUUACCAUCUAAACACUUACAAAAACAUGCAUUGGACCGACCUGAUGGAGAUGCAACCAUCAACAUCGACCGGUGCAACGAACAACAACAACAACAAGCCUAAGAAACUUGUUGUAAAUGAGAUGGAGAGGAAGAGGCGGGAGGCUGUCUGGGAACUUUUCCGAAGUGAAUGUGUCUUCCUCAUAGAUCACCUCAUGGUCCUCAAACAUUGUUUUAUGGAGCCAAUGAAGAAGGUUCAAGUGGAAGGCCACCUCAUGUUCACAGAGCCACACCAGCUGUUCGGCAACCUAGAUGAACUUUGCUACGUCAGUUACACUUUCAGUAAAGACUUCAUUUCGCUGCUCCUCAAAGAUUUUGACCCGCUAGAAUUUGGCAAGACUGAAAUUUUGAUGAGAGCUCUUAAAAGGUUCUGUCAGUUGACGAGAGAUGGAGAGGUCUACCACGACUACUGCUUAAACUACUCUAAAAGCACCAACUAUCUCGAGCAACUCAGGAAAAACGAAGAUUUCAACGAAUUUGAAAAGUGGUGCAACCAGGAUGAGAGGUGCCGACGACUCCAGCUGACUGACCUGCUCAUCUCGCCACUGCAGCACUGCACCAAGGUGCCAUUACUCUUGCAUAACAUCCGCAGAUACACAGCAAGCAGCAACGAUCAACAAUGGCUAUCUGAGACAUUAUCUAAACUCGAGUCGUCUUUGGUCAACUUGGAAACGAAGAUGGUUUGUCUAACGAACUACGAGCGGAUACAAGAGAUCCAACACCAAAUCGUCUGGCAACCAAUCACCGAACUGGAACCAAGGGCUUACAUUCCCGAUUUCCUUCGCUGCACACUGAGCCGACAGCCGUGUGAGAAACUGCUGACAUGUACCAGUCGGAAAUUGAUAUACGAGGGUUUCGUCAACUUGCUAGAAAUAUCAAAAGCCAUCACAAUGUACAUGUUCCUCUUCGACGAUAUCUUGCUGCUGACCAAAAUAAAAAAGUCAAACAGAAGGGUUCUGCCUCGAAACUGCGCCGCUUGUUCGAUUGACACCUCCUCCACUUCAUCCACCAAAUUGCCAAACGAAGGAUCCGUCUUUGUGGUCUACAGGCAACCCCUGGCCCUUGAUAGGUUCACCGUUCAUGACGUCAGACCACCAGAUAGUCCAGGAGUUCAACCGCCUGUUGAAGCGACGUUCGAGCAGCCAACAAACGGCGGAGAAGCCUCAGAUGCCGGGAGUGACGCAACAACUUCUCACGGACGAGAUUGGUGCAUUCCACAUCUCGAUGAAUGCAAUCCAGGUUCUUCAACUCAAAAAUCGAGUUUCUUUUUCGGAUGUGUGUCUGUGUCGAACGUCUUGAGGAACGCUUUUGUCCUCGUUCAGGUCAAUCGCUUCCAGCAGAUCAUCGGAGUCUUCACCAUUCAGGCACAUUCCAACGUCAGCAAGACAUCGUGGCUGCAGCACAUUCACGAAGCGCAAGUCAACUACAGAGAAACGUUGGACAAUCCAAACUUGUCCUCAGCGACCGCUUUCGCCGACAAACCGCCCUCAUCCCCAUUUGUCCAGCAACCAUCAACAACAGCCUCCAAGUUGUUCUUCAGCAGCAUGAUUGGUCGCAGUCAAAUGUCUAUGUCUAUCGCUCCAUCCGUGGAACAACUUUUUAAGGCACCUGGAAUCAGGAGCAGGGAGGGCAGUAGGUUAGGUACAAUGUCUUCAGUCGCGAAACCGACAUGCACUGAAACAAUCUCGCUAGCUACAUCCUAUGCUACAAAGCCAGCUGAUUCAAAACCACACUACAAGCGAGACAUGAAAAUUGUUAUAACUCCUGAACAGACUGUUUAUCAAGUCGUAGACACUAAGGAUAGCCGAAACCAGAUGACAGUGCCAGGAAAAUGUGGGGGUGUUAGUAAAUGGAGAAGUGUAUCGUCAGACGCGGCAACAGUGACUUCUCCAACCUCUGAAAGUGUGGUAAGGAGGACAUCCGAUCCAAUAUCAACUUCUCCGUCCAAUCAACUUGACCAGCAGCAGCAACAACAACUUUGUUUUGAACACGAACAACCACAUGAACAGCCACAACAGGAAGAAAGCAUGCUUCAUCAGCACCAACACAGAAUUAUUUACCACAAACCGCAGAUACAUCAUGAGGAUGUUCCGAUGCCCCCUUCAUUAUCCCCCGGCAUGCUGUCACUGGGUUUGAACCAACAACUUACGGCCCAUAGUUAUCAACAUUUAGCUCAGCUAAACUACCACCACCAACAACAUCAGCAACAACAAUUCAACCUACUUUAUCAACAACAACUCUACCAACAGCAGCAGCAAUACGUGUUGCAGCAACGGUUGCAGCAAUCCAGAUAUCCUUCUGUGCCAAAGAAUCUUGAAUAUUCACAAUCUUUUGAUCACAUGACAUACGGGGCGUCACCAAUUCUUCAUCCCUCGUCCAUGUUCAACUUACCAAACAUUUCCUCAUCCACCAACUUCUCCAUCUACAACGCGCCUAAUUCUUCAAUCAACUUGAACCAGCAAGAUUUGGCGGAGUUUGAGAGAGAGCAGCUGAAAAAAACGUCGGCAACGAUGGCAACAUCAACAAACAACUCCACAUUAUUUCCAUACGCAGUCAGCAACACCACUCCAACUACAGCAGCGGCUGCCGUUCCAUUUUCACCAACUAUAAAACCUCCACCGUCGUUAUCGGCGCAGAUGUUGACGUCAUCGCCAUCAUUCAUGACGUCAGCAUCGCCAUCUCACCUGCCUCCACAUCUUCACAGACCUCCGUCAUCUUCGUUGAAACUUCCGCACGACGAAGAAGUGGUGAGGCACUCGUCGCUGCGAGUGCGCAGGAGACCGAGUCCUGGCGUCAUCGGUCUCAAGUACAACAUCGAAAAGUCGCAAUCGUCCGACGUCAUCCAUCUUUGA